GUGAACACAAAGCCCUCCCCUCUCCCUCAUGUGAGCCCGCGGCUGUCAUUAACUCACAGACGCACCUCGGCAGCGCACGCGCCAGACGCGCUCCAGCACGAACACGGGUUCGGUUCGGACAUGAUACCGGCGCGGACCCGGAGAUGAGGCUCAGAAAUGGCACCUUCCUAACAGUCGUACUCUUCGGGUUAUGUGGGCUUAUAUCCUUAUCGUGGUACACAGCAUUCAGCAAUUCCAAAGGUAAUGUGGUAGAUAUUUACCAGCGAGAAUUUCUGGCCCUGAGAGAUCGUCUUCACUCUGCCGAGCAAGAGAACCUUAAACGCUCCAAAGAGCUCAACCUGGUGCUGGACGAGAUCAAGCGAGCCAUUGCUGAGAAACAAGCCCUACGGGACAUCAACCGCACCUGGAGCAGUCUGUCGGAUGAGACCAAGCUGAAGUUGUGGAACGUGACCAGCAGUAAGAAUGUUCUUCAGCUGCCAAGCAUCUUCCACCAUCUGCCACACCUGCUCGCCAAGGAGACCAGCCUGCAGCCGGCUGUGCAUGUUGGCCAGGGCCGCACAGGAGUGUCGAUAGUGAUGGGCGUGCCCAGUGUAAAAAGAGAGGUUCAUUCCUACCUGACAGACACGCUCAACUCUCUGAUGUCAGAGCUGAGUCCGGCCGAGAAGGAGGAUUGUGUCAUUGUCGUCUUCAUUGCUGAGACAGACCAACAAUAUGCAAAUAGCGUCUCUGACAACCUUAAGCGCCUCUUUCCAGAAGAGAUUCAGUCCGGUCUCUUAGAGAUCAUCUCUCCCUCAGUCCAUUUCUAUCCAGAUUUCUCUCACCUUAAAGAGUCAUUCGGUGACCCCAAAGAACGAGUCAGGUGGAGAACAAAGCAAAACUUGGAUUACUGCUUCUUGAUGAUGUACGCCCAGACCAAAGGGACAUAUUACGUGCAGCUAGAGGAUGACAUUGUCGCACGGCCAAAUUUCUUUACCACAAUGAAGAAUUUUGCCCUGCAGCAGCCGUCAGAGGAGUGGAUGAUUUUAGAGUUCUCCCAGCUGGGUUUCAUUGGUAAAAUGUUCAAGUCUUUGGACUUGCCGCUGAUUGUGGAGUUUAUGCUGAUGUUUUACAAAGACAAGCCCAUUGAUUGGCUGCUGGACCACAUCAUGUGGGUGAAGGUGUGCAACCCAGAAAAAGAUGCGAAACAUUGUGACCGUCAGAAGGCAAAUCUACGGAUCCGCUUUAAACCAUCUCUCUUCCAACACGUCGGGACACAUUCUUCCCUCGCUGGAAAGAUCCAGAAACUUAAGGAUAAAGACUUCGGAAAGCAGACGCUGCAUAAAGGUCAUGCCAACCCACUAGCUGAGGUCACUACCAGUCUCAAGACCUACCAGCACUUCACGCUAGAGAAGGCCUAUCUGGGAGAAGAUUUCUUCUGGGCCUUCACACCCGUGGCUGGAGAUUUCAUACGCAUCCGAUUCUUUACGCCUGUUCGUGUAGAGAGGUAUUUCUUUCGCAGUGGAAACAUAGAGCACCCUGGAGACAAGCUCUUCAACACUACAGUGGAGGUUCUUCCGUUCGAUAAUAUUCAGUCAGAGAAAGAAGCAUUGAAGGAGGGAAGAGAGAAGACACCAAAGUACCAGCGAACAGAAGACAGCUUCAUCAGAAUAGGACGGUUUGAGAACGGUAUUGCUGAGGGGGAGGUAGACGCUUCCUUUGGUCCAUUAGAGGCGCUUCGGCUCUCGGUCCUCACUGACUCUCCUGUGUGGGUAACUCUCAGCGAGAUAUUUAUCAAGAAAGCAGAUUGACGGGUGUUGAACAAUACCUCAUGACUUGAUCGGGGCGCUCUGGUGCAAGAUGCCCUCUGCUCAGCACCUCCACACGAGUGCUUGCCAUGACUUACUUUAGCUUGGUCCAAUAGUGCCAAUUGCUGGCGACAAGCUGUUAUAGCAGGGUAGAGAAUGCCAGCCACUGGCUCAUUCAGAGUGGUCACACACAAAGACAGCUCGUCGGUCAUGAGAUGCGCCUCUGUGGCCGACAGAUGACUGAUGACGCUGUAUUUUGUAAAUUGUAUUUAUAUGUAUAUAUGCCCAUGGUUCAGUUUGUGUAAUUACACUGGUAUAUUGUCAAGGGCUUCCUGGAUGGCCGUGCCCGUGACGAUAAAUACUUAAUGAUGUUCAACAGAUGCUGCUUUCCUACUCGAGAUACAAUUUUCAAAGUUCAAUUUGUGUUGCUAAUUAAUUGACAGAUAAUUCUAUUUAGACUUUUCCAAAAUGUGUGUAUUUAUUGUAUUUAUUAUGAUACAUGAAAUGAACACACAGGUAGACGGUCACAUAUGGGUUUGUUGUUCGUUCACAGGCCUAUAGCGUGGUCCAAUGUCAUUCCAAAUAAUUCGAUCAUUUAUUGUAGCAAGAGUAUGCUGCAAAAAUGUUUCUUCUAAUAACUGAAAUUGCUGGACUUUUCUUGUGAUAAUUAUAAAAAAAAAAAAACAAUUUUAAACAAAUAGGGAAGCCGUCAUUUUUGUUACUAUUUUUUAAUUUCCAACCAAAUUUUCUUAAAUCAAAUGAGGAUUUCCCACUCUCUCUCUCUGUUAGCGUUUUGCCUUAAUGUGAUAGUGGGCAUUAGCAUGGUGGCUGAAUAUUGUAUUAGACCUGGUAAGGUAACCAGAAAUUGUAUGAUUAUAUAGAGAUGGAUACAUAGACCAACAUCCUGUCAGAAACAGUAAUGUUUACGUCACACCUAUAGCUUGAAUUCUAUAUAUCGCAACAUGAAUCGAUGGUAUUUAGACUAAUGUGGCUAUUAAUGUUCAUCACAUGCUACACAGAUGUGUCAAGAGUCCUUAUUUACUUUUAAAUGCCUUAAAAUGAACCUGUAUUUUUCUUUAAAGAGUCUGUUGAGCAAAAGUGUUCUGUAUAAAAAACACUGGUAACACAGUAAGCUGGAAGGUCGGCACAUUUGACAAGAUUGUGAGCUAGAGCAAAGUUCCCUUCAUACACUGACGGAGAGAAACAAGAAAAGUUCAAAAGGUCACUUCAUCUGACCUGCAAUGAAGCUACUAAAUCAACAAUGUUUGUUUUACAAGAGGGUCAGUGAAGAACCAUCAACAUUCGCUGUCCCUUCAUGUUGUCACCUGAUUAGCGGAUUUGAUACAUGAACUCAGAUGAACAUGUAAUGCUCUUGUUAACUGAACAGAAUAAAGUUAAAAGU